UGGUGGCGCCGCCUAUAAUGUCCCUCCUUUAUUGUGUCCUCUCAAUGUAGAGCCAGUGGCUACCUUAAUUUUGGCGACUAUGUACAUAAACCAGAGAAUGACGAGCAACAUUCCGCCUGGGUAUCAUGUUGAAGUUGUGGGAGAUGCUAGAUUUGUAGUGCCUUUUAGGUACUCUAACUUGAAGCCAAUCGGUUCUGGAGCUCAGGGCUUCGUUGUAGCAGCCUAUGAUUCAGUACUUAAACAAGAUGUUGCAAUUAAAAAAUUGGCUCGUCCAUUUCAAAAUGUUACACACGCCAAACGUGCCUAUCGUGAAUUUGUUUUAAUGAAAUUGGUGAAUCACAAAAAUAUUAUAUCAUUAUUAAAUGCAUUUACUCCUCAACAAACAUUGCAAGAUUUUCAAGAUGUUUACUUGGUAAUGGAGUUUAUGGAUGCUAAUUUAUGUCAGGUGAUCAACCUUGAUUUAGAUCAUGAAAGAACCUCAUAUCUAUUGUAUCAAGUUUUAUGUGGUGUAAAACACUUACAUGCAGCUGGCAUAAUUCAUCGAGAUUUAAAACCCAGUAAUAUUGUUGUGAAACAUGAUUGUAGUUUGAAAAUUUUGGAUUUCGGUUUAGCUCGUACAGCUGGAGAUAGCUUUUUAAUGACUCCAUAUGUGGUAACUCGUUAUUAUCGUGCACCAGAAGUGAUUUUAGGCAUGGGUUAUUCUGAAAAUGUAGACAUUUGGUCAGUUGGUUGUAUAUUUGCUGAAAUGGUACUAGAAAGAAUUCUAUUCCCCGGUUAUGAUCAUAUUGAUCAAUGGACUAAAAUUACAGAAGAACUAGGAACACCAGGACCAGAAUUUAUGAAUCGUUUAGAAUAUGCUGUUCGUAAUUAUGUCAUGUCACGUCCAAAAAAUGAACCACGUUCAUUCACUGAACUCUUUCCCGAUGAUCGUUUUCCUCCACCUAGCACGUGCAAUAAUCUUGAGAAUCAAUUUAAAUUAAGCACAUAG